UAUCUAACGGAGAUCAGUAGGUGGGAAGGGGGCGUCCCUCCCAAGCGGCUUAUCACUCUUGUAGUGCCCUGGUCUGCAGAUGCGGAAACAGGCUGUGGCCAGGCUGUUCAUUUCUCCUCCCGCUCCUCGGCUUUUCUGGGCUGGGAACCCUCCCAGGCGGCGGGGGUGUCCACUGCACGGAGGGCUGUUGGGCUCACGGUGGGGGUGGUCCUGACCCAGAGCUGCCCCCUCCCAGGUCGGCACCCCUCUUUCCCCGCCUGCCAGUGCACUGGCCUCCUCCACCCCCCCGCCCCCGCCCCCGCCCCCAGCCGUGGCGCCCCCGCUCCGGCUCCGAGCACUCAGCUCUCCACGGUCACGCCCUCACGCCGGCAACGAGCCCUGGCUGCCUGUGCGCCUCCUAGGUGACUCCACUGGGCGGGCCCCCGGGCCGGGGAGGGCGGGGCGCUCAGGGAACCUUAAAGGGAGCUCCGCAAGUCCCCGCCCAGGCCCUGCCGCCGCCCGAAUCUCCCCACCAUGGCUGAGACCGCCAAGCUCCAGCUGUUUGUCAAGGCGAGCGAGGACGGUGAGAGCGUGGGCCACUGCCCUUCUUGUCAGAGGCUCUUCAUGGUCCUGCUUCUCAAGGGCGUGUCCUUCACACUCACCACCGUGGACACCCGCAGGUCCCCAGAUGUGCUGAAGGACUUUGCCCCGGGUUCGCAGCUGCCCAUCCUGCUCUAUGACGGCGACGCCAAAACGGACACGCUGCAGAUUGAGGAGUUUCUGGAAGAGACGCUAAACCCCCCAGAAUUCCCCAGCCUAGCGCCCAGAUACAGGGAGUCCACCGCGGCUGGCAAUGACGUCUUUCACAAAUUCUCCGCCUUCAUCAAGAACCCGGUGCCUGCGCUGGACGAUGCCCUGUACCAGCAUCUGCUGCGCGCCCUCGCCAAGCUGGACAACUACCUGCGCGCGCCCCUGGAGCACGAGCUGGCGCGGGAGCCGCAGCUGCGCGAGUCACGCCGCCGCUUUGUGGACGGCGACCAGCUCACGCUGGCCGACUGCGGGCUGCUGCCCAAGCUGCACAUCGUGAACACGGUGUGCGCGCACUUCCGCCAGGCGCCCAUCCCCGCUGAGCUGUGCGGCGUCCGCCGCUACCUGGACAACGCCCUGCAGGAGAAGGAGUUCAACUACACGUGUCCACACAGCGCCGAGAUCCUGGCGGCCUACCGGCCCGCCGUGCGCCCCCGCUAGCGCGCCCGCCUCCCCCGCCACCCCCCCGCCCUUCUGCAGCCCCAGAAAGGCAUCUCUGCCUCAGUGAGCGGGUACGG